UCAUUUUUACCCCCAAAAUACCGCUUCCCCAAAAAGGCUCUCCAGAGUUCGAGGGACUAGGGUUUCUGCGAAGAAGACAAUACAUAACAUAGAUGGCGGAUGAGCUCUUUGGAGGAGCUGUUUUGGGAGCAGCAGCAGUCAAUGAAUUGGUGAAAGCUGUUUUGAAUCAUUUGACGAGCAUAGCCGUCAAGUUUACGCUGAACAAAUCGUUAGAACCAUUCUUUGGUGUGAUCAUUAAGCUGAACAAAUCGUUGAAUCGUCCCGUGCACGAAACCCUAAAUCGAUUAAAAAUUUGUGAGGUUACCGGAAGAAGAAGCAAGCUCGUGGAAUUGAAGGGGUCAAUCGAAGACGAUUCUGGUGAAAUUGAAUGAAAUAGAUGCGGUUAAACUACGUUGUCAAAAAUUCUCCAUCAAGAUGUGGAAAUUCAAAGUUCAUUGAAGGGGCUGCAUUGGAAGCAGCAUUUGGUGAAUUACUGGAAACUGUGCAGGAUGUCAAAGGCAAAACCAUCAACUUCAAGUCCAACCUCGACCAACUUGAAUCACGACUCAAUUCACUCCAACCAAUUGCACGCCAAAUUGCGAACUUGGACAGAGUGCUCGACUUUCCGGGGGAAGAAGCCAAAAUGUUCACCGAUAGGUUGAAAGAGGCUGCGAAGCUGGUCCGCAAAUGCUCUGAAACUGUUUGCUUGAAUUGUUUCAAGAGGUCUUCCUACUCGAAGAAACUCGUCGAAAUGGAAGAUUUGCUUGUGAAAUUCUUUCAGACCAAUGUGCAAGCUCUGGAGACAAGGGAGAGCAGGAAGAUUCUGGUGAAGGUGAAUGAAAUAGAUGCGAAAUUGGGUAGAAUGUGGUCGGGUAUGAAGAAAGGUGGACAGGUUUGUGAACCGAGUGUGUUUGUAGGUUCGUGUGGAGCUCCGGGGGUUCCCAAUAUUGUUGUUGGACUAGAUGUGCCUCUUCAAGAAUUGAAGAUGAAGUUGCUAAAGGAUGGUGUGCAGGUGGUCGUGCUUUCGGCUCCUGGAGGAUGUGGGAAGACUACAUUGGCAAAAAUGCUCUGCCAUGAUGUCGAAAUUGAAGGAAAAUCUAGGGACAAUAUUUUCUUUGCCACGGUUUCAAAGACACCCAACCUCAAGGCCAUUGUUCGCAACAUGUUUCAACAUAAGAAUUUUCAGGUGCCUGAGUUUCAAAAUGAUGAUGAUGCAAUUGACAAAUUAGGAAACUUGCUGAGCCAGAAUGAAAUAGGAACAAGUCCUAAGUUGUUGGUCCUAGAUGAUGUAUGGUCUGGAUCAGAAUCCCUUAUUCAGAAAUUCAUGUUCCCAAUACCAGAAUACAAAAUAUUGGUUACGUCAAGAUUUGUAUUUCCUAGAUUUGAUUCUACGUAUAAAUUGGAGCUGUUGAAUGAUCAGAAUGCCAUGACUCUUUUUCGUAAUUCAGCAUUUCCUCAAGGUGGGAGCUCCAACAUGCCAGAUGAUCUUGUCAACGAGAUAGUGAGAGGCUGUAGAGGAUUCCCACUGGCCCUAAAAGUGGUUGGUGGAUCACUGUGUGGACAACCUGAGGUGUUCUGGAGAUGUACAUUGAAGCAAUGGUCUGAAGGACAAUCCAUUUUUGAUUCCAACAGUGAUCUGCUUAUUUCUCUCCAAACUAGCAUGGAUGCCUUGGGUGAAAAAACUAAUGGCAAGGAGUGUUUCCUGGACCAAGGUUCAUUUCCUGAAGAUCAAAGGAUCCCUGCCACUGCUCUUAUCGAUAUUUGGGUUGAACUAUACAACCUAGAUGAGAUCCGUGCUCUUGCCAACAUCUAUGAACUAUCCACCCGAAAUUUGGUUAAUCUUAUUCUUACAAGGAAAGAUGCAAUUGAGGUUGACGGCAAUGAGCAUUUUGUCACACAGCAUGAUCUGCUGAGAGAGCUGGCUAUUCACCAGAGCAGCCUAGAGCCAGUAGAACAGAGGAAAAGGUUAAUUAUAGACGUAAGAGGAAAUGACCUUCCCAACUGGUCGAUUGAACAAAUGCAGCAACCCUUCCGCGCCCACCUCUUGUCCAUCUCUACAGAUGAAACAUUCUCCUCAAGCUGGUACAAUAUCCAACUACCUGAAGUAAAAGUUCUAAUAUUGAAUUUCUGGACAAAGAACUACAGCCUACCUGAACUCAUGGAGAAAAUGGACCAAUUGAAGGUUCUGAUCAUCACGAAUUAUGGUUUCUGCCCAGCUAAACUGAGCAACUCUCUUCUACUUGGUUCUUUGUCCAGUCUAAAGAGAAUCAGGCUAGAGAAUAUUUCAGUUUCUUUCCUUAGUAAAUCCACAUUACAAUUCACGAAUUUGCAGAAGAUAUCCUUGAUUAUGUGUGAGAUUGGCGACGCCUUUAAAAACUGUACCAUCGAUAUGCCCCAUAUGUUCCCUAAUCUUUUGGAGAUUGAUAUCGACUGUUGCAUUGAUUUAGUUGAAUUGCCUGAGGGGCUUUGUGACCUUCCCUGCCUUAAGAAGAUCAGCAUCACUAAAUGUCAUGAUCUGGAAGCACUCCCUGAAGGAUUUGGAAGGCUAACAAGUUUGGAAAUGCUGAGGCUUCAUGCCUGUACAAGCCUUUUGGGGCUACCUGAGUCAAUCGGAAGCCUCCAUGAAUUAAGAGUUCUUGAUAUAUCUGACUGUUUAAGCAUGAGUGAAUUGCCAAUGGGGAUCGGUGGGUUGUGUGGUUUGAAAAAGCUCGACGUGAGAGGCUGUGAAUUUCAUAAGUUGCCGCCAUCAGUAAAGGAUCUUUGGCAAUUAAAGGAUGUGAUAUGCAACGAAGAAGCUUCUGAUCUCUGGGAACCCUUUAAAACUUUUCUCACCAAUCUGAAGAUAAAUGUGCUUAAUGAAGACAUCAAUUUGAACUGGCUUCCCAAUCUAAACGUCUGAGAAAUCGGACCGAAUUCGAGAGUUAUCGAAUUCAUGACUUCAUGGUGACAUCAUAUAGUGGACUCCAUCCGCACUCACAAAAAUUGAAAUAAGAAAUUUUCGAAUUCGGUUCUUAAAUCAUUAUUCAUAAAAAAAAAAAAAAAAAAAAAAAGAAAAAAGAAAAAAUGAUGUUUAAACGUAUGUAUUUAUUUUCAGUUGUUUUGUUUAUUGUUAUUAUUAUCGUGAAUGUUAUUAAAUAUUUGGUGUUUGUGGGUGUUGCCGUUACAAUCUUCAAUGUACAAGGUAAAAUGGUUAUGUAUGUCAAUUUUAAGGUUUCUAUAUUCUUUGUAGAACCUAGAUCCUCUCUCGUGCCAUUAAUGUUGUAUCCAAUGUUAUUUCAUAGUUUAUGAAA